UCUCAAACUCUCCCUAUCUCUUUCUCUCUAACACAUCAUAAAACCAUUGCCAUUUGUCAAAUUAAACUUUGUGUCAAAAACACAAAUGGUGAAACUAAUGGGCCUUUCUUCAAUGGCAACUACUCUGUUUAUGGUUAUGGGAAUUCUGCCUUUGGCAUUAGCAGGUGGACAUGAUUAUGGUGCUGCAUUAACCAAAAGCAUUUUAUUUUUUGAGGCACAAAGAUCUGGUUAUCUUCCUGGUAACCAAAGAGUUAAUUGGAGAGGAAAUUCAGGACUUUAUGAUGGCAAAUCCAAUGGGGUGGAUUUAGUGGGGGGAUACUAUGAUGCAGGGGACAAUGUGAAAUUUGGGCUUCCAAUGGCAUUUACAGUGACAAUGAUGUCAUGGAGUAUAAUGGAAUAUGGAAAUCAAAUGGGGGCAAGUGGUGAGCUUGGUCAUGCCAUGGAUGCUGUUAAAUGGGGUACUGACUAUCUCAUUAAGGCUCAUCCCCAACCUCAUGUUCUUUAUGGAGAGGUAGGAGAUGGUAACACCGACCACUAUUGUUGGCAAAGGCCAGAAGACAUGACGACUUCUCGUUAUGCUUAUAGAAUUGAUCAAAAUAACCCUGGUUCCGACCUUGCGGGAGAAACAGCUGCCGCAAUGGCUGCCGCCUCCAUCGUCUUCCGUCGCUCUAACCCAGCUUACUCACGAGAGCUCCUUAAACACGCAUAUGAGUUAUUCGAUUUUGCCGACAAAUACAGGGGCAAAUAUGACAGUAGCAUAACCGUGGCCCAAAAGUACUACAGAUCCGUCAGUGGCUAUGCUGAUGAAUUGUUAUGGGCUGCUGCUUGGAUGUACAAAGCCACUAACAAUCAAUACUACUUGGAUUACCUUGGUAAAAACGGUGACGCCCUCGGUGGGACCGGAUGGGCCAUGACCGAGUUUGGUUGGGACGUUAAGUAUGCCGGGGUCCAGACCCUUGUUGCUAAGUUUUUAAUGGGAGGCAAAGCAGGAAGUCAUGCACCGGUUUUUGGUAAGUACCAAGAGAAGGCGGAAUCGUUCAUGUGCUCAUGCCUUGGCAAGAGUAAUCAAAAUGUUCAAAAGACUCCCGGUGGUCUAAUUUAUAAGCAAAGAUGGAACAACUUGCAAUUUGUCACAAGUGCGUCUUUCCUAAUGACUGUCUACUCCGAUUACUUAACAUCUGCACGAAGAAACCUACAUUGUUCUUCGGGCAGUGUUGCACCCUCUGAGCUACUUGCAUUUGCCAAGUCACAGGUGGAUUACAUUCUUGGAGAUAAUCCUAGGGCAACAAGUUACAUGGUUGGAUACGGAAACAACUACCCACAACAAGUGCACCAUAGAGGCUCAUCUAUUGUUUCGGUUAAGGUUAACCCGUCGUUUGUUAGCUGUAGAGGUGGUUAUGCAACAUGGUUCAGUAGAAAAGCAAGUGAUCCAAAUCUUUUGACUGGGGCUAUUGUUGGUGGACCUGAUGCUUAUGACAAUUUUGCUGACCAUAGAGACAAUUAUGAACAGACCGAGCCUGCUACAUAUAACAAUGCUCCUCUUCUUGGUAUUUUGGCUAGAUUACAUGGUGGUCAUGCAGGCUACAACCAACUACUUCCAGUUGAAAUUACUAUUGCUAAGCCCAUUGCUGCUCAGCCAAAGCCUGUCGCUAAAGAAAGUCCAUUCGCAGCUCCAGUUGCAAUUGAACAAAAGACUACAUCUUCAUGGGAAGCAAAUGGGAAAACUUACUACAGAUACUCUGCCAUUGUGACCAACAAAUCAGGGAAGACCAUUAAGAACCUUAACCUAUCCGUCUCCAAGCUCUAUGGUCCUGUAUGGGGUCUAAGUAAGAGCAGUAGCGGUUCCUAUGGGUUCCCAACAUGGGUUAGCUCAUUACCAGCUGGAAAAAGCAUGGAGUUUGUGUACAUCCAUUCAGCUUCACCGGCAGAUGUCUCAGUCUCGAGCUACACAUUGGCUUGAUCUAGAACACAUUCUCUAGACGCGCAAUCAAGCUAGAAGUGGUGAUUUUUAAGUCAUUUGGUGUUUCUUAGCGUGUGUAAGUAUCGAGGAAGAAAGGAGUGAAGAGAGGGUUUAAUAGAAGUGCUCAUCCUCUUUCUCAUCCUCUUUAAUUAAUUAGCAUAUAUUAUAUAGUAAUUGAGUGGUAAAGAUAGAUUAGACUCGUCUGUUUCUACUUCAAGUUAGCUUAUUGAAGUUGUCUUUCACUUGUUUUUGGUGUGUUACAUGUUGCAAAUUUCGCAACAUUUUAAGUAUCAACUUCCAAUAUGAAUAGAGAUUCUGAUAUGCAUUUGUGUUU